AUGGAUGUUGCUGGUCUUGCAAUCGGCAUCGCGGGCCUCUACACGGCAUGUCGGGACUGUUACGAUUUCUUCACCACUUCAAUUCUCAAAGCCUGGGGCUUCCAUUGGCGGAUUCAAAAUGAAGACGACACCGAGCCGGAACCCUCCGAUCGCACCAGACGAAAGCGGACCAAACUUCACGAGUACCUCUUGAGCAACCGAUUCAAGGCCGAAGGCGUCUUCAACACUCUUUCUGCUCUUGCCGAUACACUGUCCAACCAGGAGAAACUCGUCAAGCGCUAUGGUAUCCAGCUUAAACCAGCCCAGGCCAUCCAGGAUGGAUCGCAGUUGACCAAUAACGUCCAGUUGACCAUCUCGAACACUACAAUCGAGGAUGUCAAACCGGUGAUCGGUGAAGUCAGGAACCGUCUCUCGGUGCUUAAUAAGCUUAAAUGGGCUUUGAAAGACAGGGACAACUUCAAGAAACUUAUCGCCGACUUGAGAUCUCACAGCGAAUCGCUCUAUCGCCUUUGCCCCGAGAACGCAUUCGAGUCAAUGAACAUCUAUCUCACUAUGGAAUGUUUGGCCAAGCAGGAAUCGCCAGCAGGUCUGAAGUGGACAUCAAGACUCGCAACCCAGCAUGCAGAAGUCGAUGUCGAGUCUUCGGUGCGGGAAGGCUACGAAUUGCUGGCUUCGACGGCCACUUUGAAAGCAUCGGUGAAUCAAAACAGAGGCAAGGAGCAAGCAGAUGACACCACUCUCACCAGCGUUGACGAAAUGCAACCUGAGAUGUGGUAUUUAGGAAAGGGCCUUGCCCUAUUCGAAGAGCAAGUCGUUUACGUGGAAAUGCGAGACUACCGCGGACCGCCGCUAGAGCUCACUCCAGAGCAGAAACAGCGAGUGAAGCGUCGUCGAAACAAGGAGCGCUUGUUGGCAUCAUUGCCAAUGGAAGGCAGGGCCGAAGAUGUCGAACCGAUCGAGAUUGUCAGACCAGCCGAUCCCAAGCUUCGCGCUCUCAUCAGGAACUUCUUCAAUACCUUUCAAGGCGCCAACAUGAUGAAAAGCGUCUAUGGUUUGGAUAUCGCCGGUACGAUCGACCACACAGAAGGCGAGCACAAAGGUCAUUGCAGCAUUCUCUACAGGCUCCCCGGCACGAUUGGCGUUCAGAGCCGUGACCGGCCUGCGGAAAACCUGAAGCUUCGCGCACCUGUGACGCUGCAUUCACUCCUUGGAACCAAGCAGCAACAAGGCAUCCGAUCUAUGCUCGGUGCGCGUUUCGAGCUGGCUAGAAAGCUUGUGCGUGCCGUUUGCCUACUUCACUCCAGUGGCUGGCUACACAAGAACAUACGCGCAGAGUCAGUGAUGUUCUUCCCCGAACAUGUGAAUGCACUCCAGGAGGAUCGAUACGAGGUCAAAAUCGAGAUCGAUGUCUCAAAGCCUAUUCUGAUGGGUUACAUCUUCUCACGGCCGGACGAUAUCAUCAUCCGAAUGAAUCCGCCAUCUGCGCCACAAACAGAACAACACAGGAAAUCUUACUAUACCUCUAGACAUGAAUCCAAUCAUAGCAUGAUGUGGGAUGACCCGAUGGACGAGGAAUCAACGUCGAAACGCAGAAAGGGAACUCCUCGAGCUAACAGCAUAUUCGGUCGCAAUAUGCUAGAGAAGGUAGCCGUGACCGAGGAAACGAAAGACACAAACAUCAGUGGCUUCACGCUUGACUAUUAUCAGCAUCCUGCGAAGCACGCAGAUCCAAAGCGCCGGUAUCGCCACGCAUAUGAUGUAUACUCUCUCGGUAUUCUUCUACUUGAAGUCGGGCUAUGGGAGAAAUUGGACUAUCCCGAUCAUGAUGAAGAGGAUCAUUAUGAGCGAAGACGAGGGAUUUGUCGAGAGUAUCUUGAUCAGCUAAGAUGGGCAUGUGGAGACACUUAUGCGGACGUUGUGCUCAGUUGUCUCAUGAUUGAUAGCAGUGAUGACGAAGUGGCGAAGGCGAGCGAGAGGGAGCUUUGUGCUAGAAUUGUAGCCGACCUGGAGGGCUGUCAAGCUUAG